CAAAUUACAGGAUCAAAUGGAAUUUUUAAAAAAUCGGUCAUAUAUAGAUAAAUGUUACGACUGUCCGCAGCAAAUAUCAAAUGUUGAUUUCUUUUCCUGUCGGUGGAGACCCGUAGCGUGUUGGUCAGAGCGCUCGAGUUGAAUUCCCAGUCAAGUUAGGCAAGUUUCCUGACUCUACGCACCUCUGUUUGCCGAGCAGUCAGUGGGAAGCCGGUUGUUAGUUGAUGGGCGGAACACUUUCCAGGAUAAUAAGCCCCCAGAGAAACAGGUGUGCUGAAAGCCUGAGCGCACAGACGGUGGGGCGGGGGAAACCUGGACCGAGAGGGAGAGGUAACACUGACACCGUUGUCAAGGUGACGGGAGGUGGGUGUGUUGCCAAGGUGACGGGAGGUCUGGCUCUAUUGCCGGGAUGAACAGGUAUCCGGCUCUGUUGCCGGGGGUGAUGGAGAGGCUUUUGAGCGAGAGAGGGAGAAGGAGAAGAGAGAGCGACAGAGAAACAGGACAAAACGAGCCACUCGAGACGGAGACGGCGGAAAGGAUAGCAGAGAGGGAGAGCGUUUCCAAGAACUGGAGCAGAGACUGAGAGAGAGAGAGAGAGAGAGAGCAGCAGCCAAGAAUCAACCGUGUGCCGUAGCGAGGAGCCAAGUUAACCCGAGAGAGAGAGGUAGGGGUGGGGAAGGGAACAGUCCUCGUGGAGAAAGUCUGAGGAAAGUCCCAGAGAAAGAGCAGACACCCCCCGACUCUGUGAGAGCGAGACACACGUCCCGAAAGGGAAAAACUUCAAAGACUGAUCCCCACGCUGACACCAAACCAACACUGAUGCCGAGACACAGAUCCAGAAUUGAGCGUUGCAAGAUGGAAAAGGUGGAGCAGAUUCUGUCUGAGUUUCACCUGCAGAAGGAGGAGCUGGUGGAGGUGACGAGGAGAUUACAGCACGAGAUGGAGAAAGGACUGCGGAUCGAGACCCACGAGGCAGCCAGUGUCAAGAUGCUCCCCACCUAUGUGUGUAGCACACCCGAUGGCUCAGAGGUGGGAGAUUUCCUCUCACUGGACCUGGGGGGCACAAACUUCCGCGUGAUGCUGGUGAAAGUUGGUGAAAAUGAAGAGGGCGAUUGGAAAAUUGCAACCAUUCCCCAGAUGUACUCAAUCCCAGUAGAUGUUACGACAGGCACAGCACAAAUGCUGUUUGACUAUAUCGCUCAGUGUAUCUCCAACUUCCUGGAUCGACACAACAUAAAGCACAAGAAGCUGCCACUCGGGUUCACAUUCUCCUUCCCCGUCCGUCACGAGGACAUUGACAAGGGAAUUCUUCUAAACUGGACCAAAGGGUUUAAGGCCUCGGGAGCUGAGGGUAACAAUAUAGUGGGGCUCCUUCGUGAUGCCAUUAAAAGGAGAGGGGAUAUCGAAAUGAACGUGGUUGCUAUGGUGAACGACACCGUGGCAACAAUGAUCUCCAGUUACUAUGAGGACCACAGCUGUGAGGUCGGGCUGAUCGUGGGCACUGGCUGUAAUGCCUGUUACAUGGAGGAAAUGAAAAACAUGGAGCUGGUAGACGGAGAGGAGGGACGGAUGUGCGUGAACACUGAAUGGGGAGGGUUCGGGGAUACAGGGGAGCUGGAGGAGUUUCGCUUGGAAUACGAUCGUGUAGUCGACGAGGCAUCUCUCAAUCCAGGUCACCAAUUAUAUGAGAAGAUUAUCGGUGGUAAAUACAUGGGUGAGGUAACCCGCCUUGUGUUACUGAAACUGGUCAAUCAAAACCUGCUCUUCAACGGUGAAGCUUCGGAAUUACUCAAAACCAGAGGCAGCUUCGAAACCAAGUUUCUCUCUCAAAUUGAAAGUGAUGGGAGCGACCAGAAGCAGAUCUAUAACAUCCUGACCACACUAGGGGUGCUGCCGUCAGAAGCCGACUGUGAAAUCGUGCACUUGGUGUGUGAGAGCGUAUCCACGCGGGCAGCACAUAUAUGUGCUGCAGGCCUGGCUGGCGUGAUCAACCGCUUGUGUGACAACAAGAGGAAGGAAACCAUGAAGAUGGCUGUCGGAAUUGAUGGCUCAGUUUACAAGCUCCAUCCUCAAUUCCUGCCAUUGACCGGGCCAGGACCCAGGAACCCAGCAAGAGCGGGCAGCUUCAAGAGCAGGUUCCAUUCAAUGGUGAGAGAGUUGACUCCUCACUGUGACAUCAUCUUCCUCCAGAGCGACGAAGGCAGCGGGCGCGGGGCAGCCCUCAUCUCCGCCAUCGCUUGCAAGAUGGCGACUUGAUUGACCUCCGGCUUCGUAAAGCUACCAAUUGAGCUGUCGCUAAGUGACUGGAUCUCACAUCUGGACAUUCCUACAGCAUUUCACGUUGUGCCUCAAGCUAGCUUGUUCCCCCGAAGAACGCUGGUCAGAUCGCAUCAUUCGAUGCUCACAGCACAACACACACUGUUCAGCCAAUGACUGAUUGCAAUCUUGCAGCCUUACGUCGAAUGGGUAACUAACUCAGAACCCUAUCUCGAUGAUCUGUCCUUUCAGAUCUCACAUCAGUCAGUAUUCCUGGGCGGGGUGAAAUGUUAGGCACGUUUCCUUACUCCACACA